ACUGCUUUCUGAACAAAACCAUAUACCAUAUUUUCUUCUUUGUUUCUGCAUCUCUCUCUAAUUUUAUGAAAAUGGCAGGAGUUGGUGCCCCUGUUGUUUAUGUAUUUUUAGUCUUUUGUAUGGUAGUGGUGCCAAGCUUGGCCACAGUUUACACUGUGGGAGACUCCAGUGGCUGGACUAUUGGUUCUGACUACAGCACCUGGACCAGUGGCAAAACCUUUACGGUUGGUGAUAGCAUUGUGUUCAACUAUGGAAGUGGGCACACUGUUGAUGAAGUGAGCGCUAGUGACUAUAACACUUGCACCACGGGGAAUGCACUCACCACAGACAGUAGCGGCGCCACCACCAUCACUCUGAAGACUGCCGGGGCUCAUUACUUUAUUUGCGGUGUGACUGGUCAUUGUGGCAAUGGUAUGAAGCUUGCUGUGACUGUGACAGCAGGAUCGCCCACUGCCCCAUCUGGAUCAACACCUUCUGGCACUACCACUUCAACCCCAACUACCCCAACAACUUCUGGCAGUAACACAACCAUAACCAACACACAUUAUUUUCCUGAAUCAUCUUCUGGGACAGCCUUCUCACCAUUUGUGGAUGCAGUAAUUACUUUUGUUACAGCCUUUGUGUGGCUUCUCUCAUAAUUAGUAACCAGGAUAGAGGCAGUGCUUUCUUUCUUUCCCUCUCUUUUUACUCUGUAUCUUGUUUGUACUCAUGAGUUAUCUAUGAGUAGGUUUGUUUUCUUAGAAAAA